AUGGCUUCAGAUCCGAAGAUUUACGUAUACGAGGAGGUUGCGAAGCACAACAAGACUAAGGAUUGCUGGCUUGUUAUCAAUGGAAAGGUUUAUGAUGUAACCCCUUUCAUGGAUGAUCAUCCUGGAGGUGAUGAAGUCUUGCUAUCAGCCACUGGAAAAGAUGCAACAAAUGACUUUGAAGAUGUGGGUCAUAGUGAUUCUGCCAGAGAGAUGAUGGACAAGUAUUACAUCGGUGAGAUAGACGUGUCAACAGUUCCUACAAAACGCACUUACACUCCACCACAACAAGCCCAGUACAAUCCGGACAAGACUCCGGAGUUUCUGAUCAAGAUUUUGCAGUUUCUCGUACCCCUCUUGAUCUUGGGAUUGGCCUUUGUGGUCCGACACUACACCAAGGAGAAGUAA